CGAGCCGCCUGCGAGGCUUUUUUCGUCUGGAAUUCUGCGGGUUUAUAAAUGAUUCAUAGAGUGAGCCUAUUUUUAAGAGGAGUAAAUUGCGCGCAGUUCGCACAGUCAGCCAGUGUGUUACUAUCAGCAAUGAGUGCGUGUUCUGUUUUCGCGUGAGCGCUUGCGUGUGAGUGAAAGCCGGUCACCAAUCUGCAGAGGAGACGGAGAGGAGAUUCCAGACGACAGAAACAGUAAGCGUGUGGAAACUUCGUGAGAGACAGUCACAUUUUUUUUGGCUUUAAUCCUGGAGUUUGAUCGAAUAUAUCGUCAAAGCCUGCCAGCCAGUAUAGCCGUUGGACAAGGGAAUCAACUGUUGCUGCAGUAGACCGUUUUCAAAGGGACAUUAGGCUAGUCACAAUUCAUCAAGUCUGUGUUGCUGAAUCUAUACAUGAGUUUGAGAAUGGAUUUUUAACCAUCACCGUGACCAAGUUUAUUUAUUGUGCUGCGCGCUGGAUACAUGUUGUUUAUGGUCUGUUCUGAUACUGCAUAGAGAAUACAUGCUCUUCCAGAAUGAUCCCACUCCACGCCUCUCCUGGCUUUUUCAUAUUGUUUUAUCAGAUGUUUGUAUCAGACAGUAGCAGUUGCUUGUAGGCAAGAAGGCACGUUUGGGCUAUUUGAACCAUUCCAACGGCAUUUGGAGGAUUAGAGUGGUUUGUUUAUUUCUCUGUGACCUUGCCUCUCCGGCAUUAAUCCAGACGGAUAGAUGCUGAUGAUGGAGAAGAACGGCAUGGACGCGCAUCAGGUUGGAAUCAAUCAUGAAUACGAGCUGGAGGGCCGGCCUCGGUCAUGCUGGCCGCUGCCGCCGUGUCCUGAGGAUUUCCCACGGGGAGUGGAUGAAGCAAAUCGAGGUCUGCCCCUGGCAUCUAUCAAACUGGAGCAGCUUCAGUACAACGUGCCGACAUGCCGCGGCGGAGCAGCCGAGGGAAGAGGUGGCGCACCCGUAGAGCUCAAACAUCCAUCCGGCGCCCCGGUCCCUAUCGCACCCGGCGCACCUACAUGCAUGUCGGGGGCUUCCCUCGACGUGGCUGGCCAGCUGCGCAAAGCCAAGUCGUCCCGGAGGAACGCGUGGGGAAACCAGUCGUACGCGGACCUCAUCACGCGUGCCAUUGAGAGUGUCCCGGAGAAGAGACUCACUCUGUCGCAGGUUUACGAUUGGAUGGUGCGCUUUGUCCCUUAUUUCAAGGAUAAAGGCGACAGCAAUAGUUCAGCUGGAUGGAAGAACUCCAUCCGCCACAACCUGUCUCUCCACACUCGGUUUGUCCGUGUCCAGAAUGAGGGGACAGGGAAGAGUUCCUGGUGGAUGCUGAACCCAGAGGGAGGGAAGAUGGGGAAGGGACCGCGACGACGCGCCACCACAAUUGACUGCCCCAACGGCACCAAGUACCUGAAGAGUAAAGGACGGGCCAGGGGUAAGAGGCCUGGAGCCGGAGCUGGCAGUGGAGCUGUUGGUCGGGGCAGGCGGCAGGGUUAUGGCCUGGGUCACGGGGCUCGACCGGGGAUGCAUCAGGGGUCUCCGGAGCAUGGUAGUCCUGCAGGGAAGGGCGGAGCAGGGGUGGGAGGAGAGGAGUACGAUGCCUGGACGGAUCUCCACUCCCGGACCUCCUCUUCGGCUUCGACACUUAGUGGCUGCCUUUCUCCCAUCCUGGCCGAGGCUGAGCCAGAUGAGCCAGAGGAAGGAGGCCUUUCCUGCUCCACCUCCCCCCGCCUCUAUCCUAGCCCUACCGCAACUCGCUCCCCUGCCCUGGGCACUGGGGGGCACUGCCCAGGAACCUCCUUGGAGCUGCCCCAACUCACUGACCUGACUGGGGCUAUCAGCCUGGAAGAGGGCUACCCCCACCCCCAGAACCACCAAACCCAGCCUCGUAAUGGCUACCCCAGCCCCUACGGCACCGGCCCCAAGGGGGAAGGCUCCUACUGCGGCCCCGUCUACGGGCAGCCGCCCCUGGCCAUGCUGCAGCUCCAUGCCCCCAUGCCCAUGCAGACCAUUCAGGAGAACAAGCGAGCCAGCUUCCAGCGCCCCCUGAGGGCCUACUCAGAGAACAAUGCACUGCAGAGCCUGCUGACCGGAGGGCCUGGAGGUCCUCAGUACUGCAGUAAGGACAUGGUCACACUGGGAGGGCAAGGAGGGGAGUCACACACGCUGCUGUCCCAUGUAACCAACGGGGUUCACAAUCAGAGUCGCAGCAGCCACAAUCAUAGCCAUAGCAACCAUAAUCAUAAUAACCACGAGCAUGGACACAAUUCAGGCCCACACAAUGGUCACGGCUCAGUUCAUGACCAGAACCCCAGCGGUCAUCAUCAGAAUGGCCUCCACAACCAUGGUCAACCCAACCUGGACUAUAACCAUAGCCACAAACAACACCUCAGCCCGGCCACUGACUACAACCAGAGUCACAACCACAAACUGAACACAAGCCAUGACCACACUCACCAGUCCAACCAGGGUCACCUCCACGGUCACCUCCAGGGUGGACCCAGACCUCCAGCCCUCCAGGCUCUUUCUCCCAGAGUCAACACAGACAUCCUGCAGCCCUACAGCCUCAAAACCCCCACCCCAACUCCUAGCCACUAUGGCCCCCUCGCCCCCCACCUCCCCACCCCCAACCCCUCGUCCCUUCCCUCCAACCCUGCCUCUGUUCUCGACAUACCCCAGGACCCCUGCCUCCGCCUGGCCUCCGCCCCGGCACCUCACCCCCACCCUCGCCACCAGCCCUACCCCGGUACCACCUACCACCAGGGUAUAACUAUGACUGACUCCUGGCAUGGCUACUACCACCACACUCUCCACCCCACCCAGAACUACCAGGGCCACCCCCACCACAGCACUCACCACCCCAGCCGCAUGGCUCCAGACCUGGAUGUAAACGUAGACAUUCUCCCCAGCAGCCUAGACUGUGACGUGGAGUCCAUCCACCUCAAUGACUUCAUGGACACAGAGGGGAUGGGGAUGGACUUCAACUUUGACGGCUCCCUGUCUCAAGGUGUGGGCAUGGGCAUGAGCAUAGCCGCUUUCGCCGGAGCGCCGCAGGGACAUCACAGCCAGAACUGGGUGCCUGGGUGAAGGGGAUUGGUCAGGGAAGCCCAAGGACCAAUCAGGACACAGCAGAAAGGCUUUUACCCACAAGGCCGAGCUGCAGAGGUCAGAGGUUAGGGAUCAGGGUCGGAGCGUACCCUUGGACUGACUGAUUGACUGUGAUGCUUAAUGCUCCAAGACAAAAUAACUGAAUGUGUCUUGUCAUGUUGUUUCCUGAGGGUCCCUUUAACUGUACAAUCUAUGUUCUCUCAUUCUUUCUCUUCCUCUCUCUUUGUUCAUUCUAUCCCUUUCUCUCCCUCUCUCUGUGUUCUCUUUCUCAUUCCUUCUACACUCUAGUGGUGCCACAGCACCCUCCCAGCUCUGUGCUAUCCCCCUGGUUCAUGUCCUUCAGUUUGUCUGCUCUACUUUAUCAAUCAUUUCUUGGCCAUCCAUAAGCUCUCAAGCACUUUACAUCCGUCGCUUUCAAAACAGAUGCAGUAUAACAAAGACCAGGGGAAAGUCAGUCUCUGUUGGCUUAAGUUGAAUUUAUGCAAACCCCUUUAUUAUCCAUCUCUUCUUAUAAAAAAGAGAGAGGCGGUAUCUUACUUGAGAACAGGAUCAAAGAACUGCAUAAAUAAAUGGGUUCAGCAGGUUGAGAUGCGGGUGCUUUUCAGAAUGUUUUGCAUACUGGUUGGAAAGUAGGGAGGUCGGGUGGAUGGAAGGAGGGAUGGAUGCAGAGUAGGAAGAGGGGGUUGGCUGCACCACGGUCAGUGCAAAUUCUCCUUCUUCCUCAAUGAUGGAGGGAUGAAAAGAGGCAGGGAUAGAGGGAUGAAAAGAGGCAGGGAUAGAGGGAUGGAGGGAUGGAGGGAUGGAUUAAGGUCAGGAGUUCUCCAUCUCCCUGGUGGUGUCACCCACAAUAGAUGGAUGGAGAAAAAUGGAUGGAGGAUACAUAGAGGAUAGAUUGAGGAUAAGGUUGUUUGGUUGUUGUGUGCCCCAGUGUGGUCCAGGAGGACAGACAUCCAUCAGACAGCCUUCAUCACCAACUAGUUAAGUGCACAAUCUCCUCUUUAAUCUGUUGGAGUAAUUCGAUGGUGAUGCAUCACUAUUGCAAAUUUAAUGUGUUGCUCCCCCCUCCCAUUCACCUCCAUCCGGACACACACACACACACACACACACACACACGCACACACACACACACACACACACACACACACACACACACACACACACACACACACACACACACACACACACACACACACACACACACACACACACACACACACACACACACACACACACACACACACACACACACACACACACUCUCUUUCUCGCUCUCUCACCAUUCACCAUUCACCUCCGGACAGACUUUGUCAAGGCUUAAUGUGUUUUGGCCAAAGUGAUGAUUAAGGUCACUGUGCACUAAAUAGCGGAGGAGGUAGAGAUGGAGGGAUGAGGGAGGAAAGAAGAAAUGCUAAUAUUCCCUCUGUGCCUCUUCCUCUCCAUUUGGUGGAUUUAUGUAGCUUUCCCCAUAAUGAAAUAAGGAGUGAUCAGGUCCUAUCCUCUCUGCAUCCCUUCCUCCCUGCCUCCCAUCCUCCCUGCCUCCCAUCCUCCCAUUCUCCCUGCCUCCCUGCCUCCCAUCCUCCCUGCCUCCCAUCCUCCCUGCCUCCCAUCCUCCCUGCCUCCCAUCCUCCCAUCCUCUCUGCCUCCCUGCCUCCCAUCCUCCCUGCCUCCCAUCCUCCCUGCCUCCCAUCCUCCCAUCCUCUCUGCCUCCUUGCCUCCCAUCCUCUCUUCCUCCUUGCCUCCCUGCCUCCCAUCCUCUCUGCCUCACUGCCUCCCUGCCUCCCAUCCUCCCAUCCUCCCUGCCUCCCAUCCUCGUGCCUCCCAUCCUCACUGCCUCCCUGCCUCCCAUCCUCCCUGCCUCCCUGACUCCCAUCCUCCCUGCCUCCCAUCCUCCCUGCCUCCCAUCCUCCCUGCCUCCCAUCCUCCCUGCCUCCCAUCCUCCCUGCCUCCCAUCCUCCCUGCCUCAUAUCCUCCCUGCAUCCCUGCCUCCCUCCUCCCUGCAUCCCUGCCUCCCAUACUCCCUGCCUGUCUGCCUCCCAUCCUCCCUGUCUCCCUGCCUCCCUGUCUGCCUGCCUGCCUCCCAUCCUCCCUGCCUCCAAUCCUCCCGGCCUCCCAUCCUCCCUGUAUCCCUGCCUCCCAUCCUCCCUGCCUCCCAUCCUCACUGCCUCCGAUCCUCCCUGCCUCCCAUCCUCCGUGCCUCCCUGCAUCCCAUCCUCCCUGCCUGCUCUGCUUCAUGAAUAGGGUUCUCAUUCAUCCCCAGCCUGGCUGCUUCCUCCAGCUGACCAACCACACAACACAACAGUUUACGCAGUCUAGAGUAUGUCCUAAAUGGCGCCCUCCUAAUUUUGGACCCUAUUCCCUCUACACAGCACACAUUUUGAACAGAGCCUCUAACGACAUCAACUCAGUCAUCAGUAUUCAGUAACCAUUAGUUAAAUCUGAAUUGGUACAAUAUCUCCUACUGCACUAAAACCUAAGCUUCUGGCCAAAAGUAGUGCCCUAGGUCUGCCCUAGGUUACUGUUAUUGGACUUGAUGUCCUCAGUCCUUUGACCUCAGUGCAGCCUUCUUUGUCCCCUCCUCCAUUCCACCUCUCACACUGGAGUUUAAAGCCUGACAUGUUUUACACUAGUGAAUUGGCACACUGAUUAACACAGUCAGCAAGAUAACAAUUAUUUGUUGCUAUCUUCCUUUCACAGGCCCUUUCCUCCUCUCCCUCUCUCUCUCUCUCUCUCUCUCUCUCUCUCUCUCUCUCUCUCUCUCUCUCUCUCUCUCUCUCUCUCUCUCUCUCUCUCUCUUUCUCUAUCAUUUAUGCUCUCUGUCUUUCUGUCUCUUUGUCCCUCUCUCUCUCGCCUCCCUCCGUCUCUCUUCUUCUAAUCACAUCCUCUCAUCCAGAGGUUAGAUGAAGGGGAAACAACAAUAAUUAACCGGCUAAAGAGAUCAAUUAUUUAUCAUUUUUAUUUCAUCCAAGUGGUGGUGUUUUCUCAUCUCAUCUUCAUGGCACCAGGUCAUAAUUCUCUCCGUUCAGAAAGCACAAGGGAGGUUUUUUGAGUUUAAGUUUAUGUGCAUCCAUUGAGAGGGGAAAGAACGUGCUUGAACAACAAGGUCCUCCUCUAGUCUGGUCGCAGAUCACAUUGUGUUAAAUGUACAAAGAGCAUAGGAGUGGCUGGCUAUAAACAAACAGAUCUGGGAUCAGUCCUUCCCCACUCCUCUCUUCAGAUUUCUAUCUGUUGCCUCGGUCUGGCUUUACUUUGCUGUUGUCUGUUUUUUUUGUGGUCGUUCUGUUCUGUGAUCGUCAGUGAGGUCCUUUGUCUUGAUAGGGUGCUUUUUGUUCGCAGCAUUUCUAUUCUAAAGGGGGAGAGAGAGAGUCCUUGAGUCUUUUCAUAGCACCUGCCCUGCUCGAGAUCGAGAGAGAAGGAUUGAGAGGCAGAGAAGGAGAGAUAUUUUUAGGGUAGAGGCUAGAAGGGAGGUAGAGGGACAGGGAGAGAACGAGGCAGAGAAAGGUAGAGAUAUGGGGAGGCUAGAAGGGAGGUAGAGGGAAGGAGAGAGAGAGGAGUAAGAGAGAGAGAGAGGCAGACUGUGAGACAGUAAUAUUUUCCAGCCGAGUAGCUUCCUGUGGAACUUGCCAUUUGAAUCAUGCCAAAUGUCAAGUGCUACUCUGCUGGCACCAACACACUAUGAUCAGAUAGCCAUGCUUCUGCUCUGAUCAGAUAACCAUGCUUCUGCUCUGAUCAAAGAGAAACAAAGAUGGGCAUCUUCACAGGGUUUUCUCUUCCUUUCAUUCGUCCUUUCUUUCUUUUUGACUUGAGAUGGCCUAUUGUUGUAACUCGACUGUAAUUUCGUAUCUGGCCCCAGUGUGCGCUUGCUUGUGUGUUGAGUUGUGUGUGUGGGUGUGUGAAGCACACAUGAUGAUGUACAAGAUGAUGUACAGAACUGAUGAUGGAAAUACAUUGCCCUGUAAUAUCACUUGUCCUGGUCUCCUUCAUGCCUGGUGAGGCCAAAUGUCAAAAAGUUUUAAAACACCUGCUCAUCCAAGGGUUUUUCUUUAUUUUUACAAUUUUCUACAUUGUAGAAUAAUAGUGAAGACAUAAAAACGAUGAAAUAACACAUAUGGAAUCAUGUAGUAACCAUAAAAAGGUUAAACAAAUCAAAAUAUAUUUUAUAUUUGAGAUUCUUCAACUAGCCACCCUUUGCCAUGAUGACAGCUUUGCACACUCUUGGCAUUCUCUCAUCCAGCUUCACCUGGAAUGCUUUUCCCACAGUCUUGAAGGAGUUCCCACAUAUGGUGAGCACUUGUUGGCUUCACUCUGCGGUGCGACUCAUCCCAAACCAUCUCAAUUGGGUUGAGGUCGGGUGAUUGUUGAGGCCAGAUCAUCUGAUGCAGCACUUCAUCACUCUUCUUCUUGGUCAAAUAGCCCUGACACAGCCUGGAGGUGUGUUGGGUCAUUGUCAAGUGGAAAAACUAAUGAUAGUCCCACUAAGCCAAAACCAGAUUGGAUGGUGUAUCGCUGUAGAGUGCUGUGGUAGCCAUGCAGGUUAAGUGUGCCUUAAAUUCAAAAUACAUCAGAGACAGUGUCACCAGCAAAGCACCCCCACACCAUAACACCUCCUCCUCCAUGCUUCACGGUGGGAAAUACACAUGAGGAGAUAAUCUGUUCACCCACAUCGCAUCUCACAAAGACACGGCGGUUAGAACCAAAAAUCUACAAUUUGAAUCCAGACCAACGGACCAAUUUCCACCAGUCAAAUGUCCAUUGCUCGUGUUUCUUGGCCGAAGCAAGUCUCUUCUUAUUAUUGGUGUCCUUUAGUAGUGGUUUCUUUGCAGCAAUUCGACCAUGAGAGCCUGAUUCACACAGUCUCCUCUGAACAGUUGAUGUGUCUGUUACUUGAACUCUGUGAAGAAUUUAUUUGGGCUGCAAUUUCUGAGGCUGGUAACUAUAAUUAACUUAUCCUCUGCAGCAGAGGUAACUCUGGGUCUCCCUUUCCUGUUGCGGUGCUCAUGAGAGCCAGUUUCAUCAUAGCGCUUUAUAGUUUUUGUGACUGCACGUGAAGAAACUUUCAAAGUGCUUUAAAUGUUCCGAAUUGACUGACCUUCGUGUUUUAAAGUAAUGAUGUGCUGUUGUUUCUCUUUGCUAAUUUGAGCUGUCCUUACGAUAAUAUGGACUUUAUCUUUUACCAAAUAGGGCUAUCUUUUGUAUAUCCCCCUACCUUGUCACAACACAACUGAUUGGCUCAAACGCAUUAAGAAGGAAAGAAAUUCCACAAAUGAACUAUUAAGAAGGGCAUCUGUUAAUUGAAAUGCAUUCCAGGUGACUACCUCAUGAAGCUGGUUGAGAGAAUGCUAAGAGUGUUCAAAGCUGUCAUCAAGGCAAAGGAUAGCUAUUUGAAGAAUUUCAAAUAUAUUUAGAUUUGUUUAACACUUUUUUGGUUACUACAUUAUUCCAUAUGUGUUAUUUCAUAGUUUUGAUGUCUUCACUAUUAUUGUACAAUGUAGAAAAUAGGAAAAGUAAAGAAAAACCCUUGAAUGAGUAGGUGUUCUAAAACCUUUGACCGGUAGUGUACUGUAUACACACACACACACACACACACACACACACACACACACACACACACACACACACACACACACACACACACACACACACACACACACACACACACACACACACACA